AUGGUCGUAGAUACUGCAUACUAUGACCUAUUAGGAAUCGAACCAUCCGCCACACAAGGUGAAAUCAAAAAAGCAUACAGGAAGAAAUCCAUCAAGGAACAUCCUGACAAGAACCCCAAUGAUCCUCAAGCCACUGAAAGGUUUCAAGCCAUUUCAGAGGCAUAUCAAGUACUAAGUGAUGAAUCGUUAAGGUUGAAAUAUGAUAAGUAUGGGAAAAAGGAAGCUAUACCACAGAAUGGGUUUGAAGACGCUGCAGAACAAUUCUCUGCCAUAUUUGGUGGAGAUGCGUUUGCUAGUUAUAUUGGUGAAUUGACUCUCUUGAAAAAUUUACAAAAGACUGAAGAAUUGAAUGCUGAAGAUGAAGCUGAAAAGGCUAAGGAAAAGGAAAAGGAAAAGGAAAAUGAUAAUGAAGGGACGAAAAAUCUACAACAUAGUCAAGGGGCUGAUAGGUUAUCAUCUUCUAACAAGAAUUUCAACCCAACGGCGACAACAAAGACCUCUUCGUCGAAGGAAGACAAAAUUCCAAAGAAAAAGACUAAAUUGGAAGAAUUUGAAGAAGAACAAAAUGAAGAGAAGAAGAAAAGUAUUGAAAAAUUAAGUAAUACAUUGAUUGAAAGGUUAUCAAUUCUUACUGAAAGUGUGUAUGAUGAUGCCUGUAAACAAUCAUUCACAAGAAAAUUCGAAGAAGAAGCCAACCUUUUGAAAAUGGAAUCAUUUGGACUCGAUAUUUUACAUGCAAUUGGUGAAAUCUAUGAGGAAAAGGCAAAAAUAUUUUUGGCAUCUCAAAAUUUGUUUGGAUUCGGUGGGAUGUUCCAUACGGUGAAAGCAAAAGGUGGUGUCUUUAUGGAUACAUUAAGAACUGUCUCUGCAGCAAUCGAUGCUCAAAAUACAAUGAAGGAAUUAGAGAAAAUGAAGUCUGCUACUGAAAAUAAUGAACCACUACUCGAUAAGGAUGGUCAAGAACAAAUAAAACCAACUCCUGAGCAACUUGCACAACAAGAACAACUUCUUAUGGGUAAAGUGUUGGCCGCAGCGUGGCAUGGUUCUAAAUUUGAAAUCACAUCAACAUUACGAAGCGUUUGUGAUACUGUACUAAGUGAUAAAAGUGUACCACAUGAAACUCUAAUAAGGAGAGCUGAAAGUUUAGAACUGCUUGGAAAAGUAUUUCAGCGUAGUUUUAGAACAAAAGUGGAACAAGAAGAAGCACAAAUUUUCGAAGAGCUUGUAGCAGAAGGAACAAAAAGAAACGUCAUUCAUAGAUUCAUUUUUUUCUGUAUUACUCUAACUUAUAAUUUUUUGUUUAUAGUACGGUCUCACACGUCCCUUAAAAAGAUGAUAUUCAUUAUUCGACAAAAAUAUAUAUAUAUAUAUAGUGUUGUAUUCUUAGCCAUUCUAAUGGUUUUUGACUACAUGGACUCUAUUGGUGCAGUUCGCGUAUCUAAUAAGUAA